AUGGCCAGCUCGCGUCCGCAGUCGGGCCUCUGGGCGCCGAAUCCCGUGUCGCUGAGCAACCUGCGGCAGCGCAAGGCGUUCCAGUCGCGCAUGGUGCUCGAGGGCCAGGCGGUGGAGAAGCCGUGGCUGGAGUCGAAGCAGCGGCGCACGGCCGACCGGCGCGCCUACUGGGUCUUUGUGUGCGCCUGCAUGCUCGGCCUCGCCGCCGCGGGCGUUGUCAUGUGGCUGGGCAUCCGCAGCAUCCCCUACAACGACAAGUACUGCCUCGUCAUGGACGAGCAGUUCGAGGGCGACAGCCUCAACACGGACAUCUGGCACCACGAGCUCGAGACGGGCGGCUUUGGCAACGGCGAGUUUGAGUGGACGACGAACUCGCCCAACAACUCCUAUGUCAAGGACGGCCAGCUGUUCAUUGUGCCCACGCUCACGUCGGACCAGUUCGGCGAGGCGGCCAUCUACGACGGCGCCACGCUCAACCUCACCACGUCUGGCCUGUGCACCUCGACGCUGAGCGACCCCGAGAAGCGCGACUUGGCCUGCGCCGUCGUGUCCAACUCGACCGCCGGCGUCAUCCUGCCGCCCGUGCAGUCGGCGCGCAUCACCACCAACUUCUCGCGCACCAUCAAGUACGGCCGCGUCGAAGUGCGCGCCAAGAUGCCCACGGGCGACUGGAUUUGGCCGGCCGUGUGGAUGAUGCCGAAGGACUCUGUCUACGGACCGUGGCCUCGCUCCGGCGAGAUCGACAUCUUCGAGGGCAAGGGCAACAUGCCCACAUCGCGCCAGGACAUUGUCGCCAACGCGAUGCGCUCGACACUGCACUGGGGCCCCAUCGCCGGGCUGGACCGCUACUGGAAGACGGACAAGGUGCGGCGGCUGCUGCGCAACUACUACAACCAGCGCUACCACACGUUCGGCAUGGAGUGGACCGAGGAGGGCAUCUACACGUGGAGCGGCACGCGCGCCUACAAGACGCUCUCCUACAAGUUUGACAACGCCGGCUUCUGGGACAAGGGCGAGUUCCCCGCCGCGGCGAUGAACGGCUCGGCCAUCUACAACCCGUGGGGCAACCGCAAGCAGGCGCCCUUCGACCAGGACUUCUUUCUCAUCCUCAACGUCGCCGUCGGCGGCACCAACGGCUACUUCUACGAGGAGGACAAGCCGUGGAGCAACUCGGCCGACGCCGACACGGCGCGCGCCGACUUCUGGGCCGCCCGCUCGUCGUGGUGGCCCACGUGGGGCGCGCCCGAGGAGCGUGCCAUGGUCGUCGACUACGUCAAGAUGUGGCAGAAGUGCUAG